GUAGCGGCAAUAGAUAACCAAUCGCUGAAUCCAAGAGGCGUAAUCCUCCCUACUUAUUGUACUCUUUGUUUCAUUUGCAGGAUCGUUGCAUUCUGUCGCAGAUCGUCUUUCUUCGAAUAAGGCAAAGGAAUCGUAAGCUACCAUCCACAAUGUCGAAGGAGGCCCCACGUGAACCCGAGCAGCUCCGCAAACUGUUCAUCGGAGGUCUGAGCUUCGAAACCACGGAUGAGAGUUUGCGAGAACACUUCGAACAAUGGGGAUCUCUUACAGAUUGUGUGGUCAUGAGAGAUCCAGCCAACAAACGCUCUAGAGGUUUUGGGUUUGUCACCUACUCCGGUGUGAACGAGGUCGAUGCUGCCAUGGAAGCACGCCCCCAUAAGGUUGAUGGUAGGCUGGUAGAGCCCAAGAGGGCUGUUUCCAGAGAGGACUCUAGCCGUCCAGGUGCUCAUGUCACAGUGAAAAAGAUAUUUGUUGGAGGUAUCAAGGAAGACACUGAAGACUCCCACCUACGAGACUACUUUGAGCAAUUUGGCAAGAUUGAAGUAAUAGAUAUUAUGACCGAUCGCACCAGUGGCAAGAAGAGGGGCUUUGCCUUUGUCACGUUUGAUGACCAUGAUGCAGUGGACAGGAUUGUCAUCCAGAAAUACCACACUUUGAACGGUCACAAUUGCGAAGUGAGGAAAGCAUUGUCCAGACAGGAGAUGCAGACAACAGGAGUGGGUAUGAGGGGUGGCCGCGGAGGUGGCGGCAACUAUGGCAGAGGUGGAGGAUAUGGAGGUAAUGAUUUUGACCGUGAUGGUGGAUACUUCGAUGGCCGUGGAGGCAGAGGGGGUGGAUACGGAGGAGGAGAUGGCGGUUACAACAAUGGUUAUGGGGGAGGUGACGGUGGCUAUGGUGGAGGCCCUGGUGGUUAUGGCGGCGGUAACCGCGGCUACGGCGGGGGGCAAGGUUAUGGUGGCGGACAGGGUGGCGGCUACGGUGGUGGAAAUGGCUAUAACGACUACAACAAUGGCAAUGGUGGAAACUUUGGCGGCGGUAAGUCCAUGGCUUCCCCACAAGAAGCAGCCCCAGUUGGUGGGAACUUUGGCGGCGGUGGUGGUGGCGGCGGCAACAACUACAAUGACUUUGGCAACUACAACAACCAGGCUUCCAACUACGGCCCAAUGAAGGGUAACAACUUUGGAGGCAGCGGUGGAGGUGGUGGUGGUAGCGGUGGUGGCAGCAGUGGUGGAAGCGGUGGUGGUGGCGGUGGCAGGAGUAGCGGUCCAUAUGGAGGUGGAUAUGGAGGUAACUCUGGAGGUGGUGGUGGCGGCGGCGGUGGAUAUGGCGGGGGCUCCGGUGGACGACGAUUCUAAAUGUUUUCAAGGAUUCAGUACUUAGGAGAGGAGAGCGAGACAAAUGACAGGGCAGCUGCAGGUUUACACCCUAGAUCUGCUCAGCCAAACAGUUGUGGCAGGUUACAGCUGCUACAAGAAGAGAUGUGUACAAUAGAGAAAUCAUGGAGGGGCUUCAUACAUUUUUCUGUACUGUCAAACAGGUUUCUUAUGUUUCUGGAAAGCAAGCAUUCCGAUGAGGUUUUAUGUAGAUUUUGCAUCUAUGGUUUUUAUUUGUGUAACUGCAACAAUCAAGUUGAAAUAAACCACCUUUCAGUUUUUUAAAACUGUC